GGAAAAGAAAAAACGCGGCAAUCUAACGGUAAUAUCCCAACUGACGCUGACUAGGUCUUUGCCCUAAUGAUCCAAUUCCUAAUUCCUCAUCCAACUGCCUCCGCCACUUUGAUCAUAAAAAUCAUAAUCUCUUCUCAAAAUCGCACCGCCAUUUUUACUCUGCAUCCGCAUUCUCAAUUGUGCUUCUCAGUUCCGUAACUCCGCUUGCAAGUUUCAAUAGCUUCUUGAUCGUGAUGCACAGGUUGAAAUGGCUUCUCCCAUUAUUCAUGAUGAUGAAGCUUUGGAAAAGGCACUACGUGCUGCCACUUUGAAGUGCCGAUUUGCUGAAUUAAUUGCCAAAACAAAAGGAGACAAGACUUUUCCUAAGAAAGUGCAGCAAGAAAGAGAGAAGUUGGUAAAAGUUCAGAGUGGAAAGGAUGCUGCGAAAGCGGCACAGAAAGAGGUUGAAAGGAAAGAGGAGAUCCAGAAAAAACGGGAACUUGCUCGUCUUGCAUUGGAAGAGUUAGAAAGGUCGGUUCAAGGCAGUUUUUUUGACGAGAUGAAGGAGCUGGAGAAGUGUACGAAUAGCUACCCAAGUUACAUUCGCCAUGGAGAUGUUUUCAAAACAGUUUGGAUAGAUUUGACAUCUGGGACGAUUGUCUUUGAAGGAUUGCCAAGUAUUCUGGAAUAUAAGAUUUCUAAUGAUGAUGAUGAUGAUGAUGAUCCAUACCUUUGCUGCAAAAAGAAACAUGGUUGUGAAGUACUUGAUCAAUCUUGGAGCAGUGAAAAAGAAAAAAGCAAGACUCUGGAUCCAAUUUCGAGGUUUAACAGCAACAAGCAUGAGAUGUCUAAUGUUUUCUCUAGCCAUAAAGGAGUGAAAAAAGAAGCUGUCAGCUCUGAUGUGGAAGCUGGUGAGAUUAUUGAUCCUGAUGAUGAUGAGCCACUCAUUGGCUGCAACUAUAGACAUGGUUGUGAAAUACUAUAUCAACCUUGGAAUUGUGAAGGAGAAAAAAGUGAGAUAUUGGAUCCAGUUUCUAGCUAUGGGAGCAAUGAGCUUGAAAUAUCGAAUCUGCUCUCUCACAACAGAGGAGAAAAGGCUGUUAGCUCUGAUGUUGAAGAUGGUGAAAUCAUUGAUGCUGAUGAUGACCCACUCCUUAGUCACACUAAAAAAGAUGUCGAAAUUGAACUGUAUCCACUCUCGAGCUGCAACAAUGAAGAUGAUGGUGAAAUGGUAGAGCACUCUUGGAGCAGAGAAUGCGAGGAGGGUGAGAUAUUGGAUUUGGUUUUGAGCUGUAAGAGGCACCAACGUAAGACAUCGAAUCUGUUCUCUAGUCAUAAAGGAGAAAAAGUGGUCAGCUCUGAUGUAGAAGAUGGUGAAAUAUUGGACUAAUCAUGCUGCCGUUGUGAUCUGUGAAAUGCUACUUUAUACGGGGAAGGAAGUUUGAACUUGACAUUUUGCGGGAGGCAAUAUCUUUCUGCCCGAUUGACUGUUUCUAUUCAGAUAACAGGCCUACCCCGUCUCAAAAUGAUUAUCUUUUGUCCGUAGUCAUUUUGGGAUAGAGUGAGUAGUUGUGUUGUGUUGAGUUCGAGGGCAAUGAUCUCUAUUGUAUCAAGUGUGUACAAUAUUUCCUGCAGAAAAAAUGACAUCCCAUUUGGGUAUUCUGCACCGCCACAAUUUGAUUCCCCUUUGUUGUGCUUUGUGCAAGCAAAAGCUUGUUUAACAGAACUUCAAGAAUAAGAAUUUGAGCAUUACCUU